CAGGUUUCCACAUCCUAGUUGCUAGCUCGCUCUGCUGCCCCAGCUUCCCUCAUGGCACCUCAUGGCCACAUUAGUGAGCUUGGGCAGCCAUGCCCUCUCCAACUGUCCUCCACCAGGGUGACCAUCACCCAAAUGAGCAGCCCAAUGGCAAAAGCCUACAUGGAUUUUAGCUCAAAACGUCCUCAGAGUCAAGGAGCUCUGGUGGUGGCAGACAGCAGAACUUUGGAAAGCUUGAUGUGGUGGACACGAGGUCGAGGGGCCCUUGUCAGAUUUGUGCAGCACACAUCGCAAGUGCUGUUGCAAACGGAACAGCAAGUGCACAGCGAAGUCGUGACUACAGCAUUGUCAGCCAAGACGUUUUUCACCUCUUCGUGAGACACAUUUGGUUGUCUCCACUGCCGUCGCACUGGCGGGCGUUGCUCUUGUGAUCAUCCGGCGAGGCGGCUGCGUCUUGCAUCAGCUCAAGCGCGCCGGCCAACUGAACACCAGCACAAGUCCAAGAUACCUCAGCUUUCCUUACUGGCGCACAAAGCCUCUACUUUGCUCCUGUACUCCACCAUCCUCUUUACUCUCCAGCUCCCACUGACAUCUUCACAAGCAGCACCAUCACACAACACAGACCACUGAGAUCAUCAGACACUGAAAAGCUAGCCAGGUAUAGUCAGAUCAGUGCAAACGCAGCUACCACUGCAAGCUCAAAGAUGGCUCCAGAACGAAUCACCUACACUGCCCCUCAGCAGUUUCCUGAGAGCAUUGACUGGGACGCCAAGCAUCAGCGAUUCCUUGUGGGGUCUGUUCUUAGGGGCAAUGUGAUGGGGGUCUACCAAGACGGGACUGCCAAGGAGCUUGUCAAGGAUAUGGAGUACAAAGGAUGCGGUACGCUGGGCAUCACAGUUGACGCGCCACGGAACCGCGUCGUUGUGACCAUCAAAUCCAACGCCCCCGCCCCCAACUACAACGCAGUUGCAGGAUAUGAUCUACACAGUGGUGAGAGGCUGUUCCUGACGCCAUUGAACGACGUCCCCUGUUCGAACCCGCCCCGGGAGAUGCCGGUCUUCGCCAACGACUCUGCAGUGGACCCGAAAACGGGGGAGAUCUACACGACUGACACGCACCGGAGUCUCAUCUGGAAGUGCAAGGCAGACGGGAGCGACCCGGUCGUCUUCGCCGCGAGUCCCCUCUUCGAGUCCUUCCCAACGGUGUUCGAGAUGUUUCCCCUGGGACUCAACGGACUGGUCGUUCACGAAAACGGCUACAUCAUCACGUUCAACCUGCGCCAAGGGGUCGGGUUCAAGGUUCCGCUCGACGGCUCGGAGCCGUCGCAUAUCGCGAUCGACGGCGUGUUUCCGGGAGCGGACGGAAUCCGGCUGCGGCCCGACGGCCGACUGGUGGUGACCACGAACGAUAACGUGUACCUGGUCGAGAGCAGCGACGAGUGGCGGUCGGCUAAGAUUCUGGAGACUGUGCCGCAGGACCCAACAAUCUCGACAACCGCGGUGGCGAUAAAAGAUGGGCGGGCUUACAUCAACUACGCCUGGUUUGCGGAGGCGUAUGGCGGGAAGCAACGGUCCGAGUUUUACAUGCAAACCGCCGACUUCGAAAUCGACAGAGCCGAGAAGUGAAGUUUUUAAAUUGGUGACGGACUGAGAAUAAUUUCGCAGAAUCUGUCGUUGAAAUUACGCAUUAAGAGAGACUCAAGUUGGGCAUGCUGCACCUUCCCUGCUUAACGAGGCGGCUCAGACGAGUGAUUAGUUGCAUGCGAGAGCUAGGCCGUUGUAGUGGCAUGUACGCAUCUCUAGCUGCUUUAGGACUUCAGAGAUUCUGAUUGCUCCUUGUUCAUUGUUUAGAUGAUUCAACAAGCUAGAGUUGCAGUUUUUCGGUGAUUGGUCCAGAAAGUUGAAAAGUGCAUUCAGAAGCGCCGGCAUGGCCAUCAAUUGAUUCCGCACGUUGCUUUGCCAAUCCGAUGCAGGGCAAAAACAGGCCUCGUGAUCAGGAGGCCUCUGAUUUAGC